AUGACGCGUUUUUGUAUACCUACACCCACUUACCGCAGCUACAACCUUCCGGAGUAAAAUAGAAGACGUUUGUGUCUUUAAAUAAAUGAAUAAAUAACGUAAAUUUAGUUGUUGACCGUUGUUUUACACAUUCCAGAGCAUGCGCGCUGACGCUCUGUGAAACUCGCUGUUCGCUGUGAUAAUCGUUUACCGGUAGUCUAGUCUUUCUCCGUCGGAAUACGUUGCGUGCUGGAGCCGGUUAUGGCGUCGGUGAGUCGUGCCGGACCAUGAGGUGUCCGUAUUCAUCGUUAUUCUAGUAUUGGAGUGUGUAAAGAGACUGUUGUCAUGGCUGGUGUGUUUGAUAUCGACCUGGACCCACCGGAGGACAACGCGUCGGACGAGGAGCUCGCCGACGGGGCCAAGAGUAAUGAAUGCAUGGACCAGUGCAGUGGCUUUGAAUUUAUGGAAGACUGCGAGAAGUUUGAGAUCUCUGAGAAUAGCGUGAAUCAAGGCAAGGAGCAGAUUCGUCCAGAAUGUUUUGAGUUGCUUCGUGUUUUGGGUAAAGGAGGAUAUGGAAAGGUUUUUCAAGUUCGCAAGGUAGCAGGAGCAGAUUCUGGGAAGAUAUUUGCCAUGAAGGUCUUGAAAAAGGCCAUGAUAGUUCGCAAUGCAAAGGACACUGCUCAUACUAAAGCAGAAAGGAGCAUCCUAGAGGAAGUUAAGCAUCCCUUCAUUGUGGACCUCAUAUACGCCUUUCAGACGGGAGGCAAGCUUUACCUCAUCCUGGAGUACCUAAGCGGUGGAGAGCUGUUCAUGCAGCUGGAGAGGGAGGGGAUCUUCUUGGAGGACACAGCCUGUUUUUACCUGGCAGAGAUUUCCAUGGCCUUGGGUCACCUUCAUCAGAAAGGCAUUAUCUACAGAGAUCUGAAGCCAGAGAACAUCAUGCUCAAUAACAAUGGUCAUGUGAAGUUGACUGACUUCGGACUCUGUAAGGAGUCGAUCCAUGAUGGUACCGUCACACACACCUUCUGUGGAACCAUAGAGUACAUGGCACCAGAGAUCCUCAUGAGAAGUGGCCAUAACCGAGCUGUGGACUGGUGGAGUCUGGGAGCCCUGAUGUAUGACAUGAUGACAGGAGCUCCACCAUUCACUGCAGAGAAUCGGAAAAAAACCAUAGACAAAAUCCUAAAGUGCAAACUGAACCUUCCACCUUACCUCACCCAAGAAGCACGGGACCUUCUGAAAAAGCUGCUGAGAAGAAACGCAUCAACAAGGAUGGGAGCAGGUCCUAGAGAUGCUGUAGAUGUCCAGGCCCACUCCUUCUUCAGACACAUGAACUGGGAUGAUCUGCUGGCUUUUAAAGUUGAACCUCCCUUUAAACCUUUUUUGCAAUCAGCGGAUGAUGUUAGCCAGUUUGACUCCAAGUUCACUAGUCAGACUCCCGUGGACAGUCCUGACGACUCGACACUCAGCGAAAGCGCCAAUCAAGUGUUCCUGGGCUUUACGUACGUAGCUCCAUCUGUGCUCGAAAACAUCAACGAGAAAUUCACUUUUGAGCCAAAAUCCCGUUCACCUCGCAAGCUUCUGGGAAGCCCAAGAACACCAGUGAGCCCUUUGAAGGCUGAAGGGGAAGACUGUUGGUCUCGGGGUCCACCCUUCCCAGAAGUGCCCACGACCACCUCCUCUCUCCUGCCGCCUACUGAUGCGCCCAUGAAGGUGUCUAAUGUGGAGCAGAUGGACAUUGGCAGCAACAUGGAAGUGUCAGCCCCUCUCCCCAUCAAAAAACCAUCCAACACAGGGUCAUUCGUGAAACCGACUCACCCAGCGGGUGGCAGGAGACCCAAGCAUUUAAGGAUGAAUCAUUGAUGAACGUCUUAAGUUUUGUAUUUUAGGAAUUUAUCAAAUUACCCAAAAGGCCUUUCUGCACCUAGUUUGUCUCUUAAACACUUGCCGCACCAGUGUACUUCAUGCAAGCAUGCAGAGCUUGUCCAGAACAAAGCCUGUGACCUCUCUCUGCUUGCACUAUGGUGAGGUGGUCUGCUGCUUGCUAUGAAAAAGAGAGACCACCUUGUACUUCAGGCAACUCUGAGCAUGAGUUUCGCAGCUUAUCUUUUAUAUGCCAUGCUCAUGCAAAACACAAGGGAGAAUACAUAGUAUCUUCUGUUAUAUAUUUGACAUUUGAUCUGAGACACUGAGUUAUAGCCACGUUUUGCUCGACUGUAUGCUCUAACUAGAAGUAACAGUAUUUAAAUGGACAGUUCACCCAAAAAAGAUCAAUUCUGUCAUGUACUCACCUUUAUGUCAUUCCAAACCUGUAUAACUUGCCUUCUUUCUUCUGUGGAACACAAAAGAAGAUUUUCUCAGUAUUUUGGACGAAUUGACUUUCAUUAUGUGGACAAAAAUGGUUGAAUCGUGCUUUAAAAUGUCUUCUGUUGUGUUUCACAGAAGAACAGAAAGUUAGACAGGUUUGGAACGACAUGAGGGUAAAUGAUGACAGAAUUUUAAUUGUUGGGUGAAUUGUCUUUUUAAAAUGGCGAAGAAAAUCCAGGUCUACAUUCUUGAGGAAUCUGUCUGAUUUGCGAUUGUUUUUGAUUCUCAAUUCAUCAAUUGUUGUUAGGUCCCCUAGAAUCACAGAUCUACAGUCAUGUUAGUCUAACCUACCAAUGAUAAACUAUUAAGUAAAAAUAUAAGCUGAUUUUUUUUUUUUUUUCUUUUGCCUUUAAGUAUGAAUCUACCUGCAUACUGGGCAUCAAAUCACUGUUUCUCUUUUCAACAGUAAAAAGCUAUUUAACAACCAAAUUUCCUGACCAAAGAAUAUUAAAAAUACUAGAUUACUGUAUAAUACUGGAUAAUUCCUCAUAAUUCAGAGUACAGUUAGUUCUUUCUAAGACACAGCCACGAACACAAAUGCCAGCA